AUGAGGGAUGACCCAGCGUGGGCCCUGUUCGCAACGACGGUGGUGAGCCACCUUCCAAUGAUCCCUACGGCGUAUUUGUUUUUACAGCGUCGUUAUGUGUACGAGGUAUGCAUUGCGGCCUUUGGUCUUUCCUCUUCGCUUUUGUACCACACCUGCCAGUCGUUCGACGCGACGAUAUUUCUCGACGAGCUCGGCUGGCACCGCCUGGACAACAUUGCCGUUCUUGCGUGGAUGGGCAUGUGGUUCGUGUUCAUCUGUACCUUCAAGGACCCUGUGGUGGAGCGCGCCUCCAAGUACUUCACACUGCUGGUGAGCAUUAUUUUUGAGGAGAAGGACCCAUGGAAUCUGGCGUACACUGUGGCACCCAUUCUUGUUUUUGCGUGUAUUCCGCUUGUUGUGUUUCUAUAUGAUGGACGGCUUCCGGUGGUUGAUUAUCGUCAUCUCUUAGCGGCUGCCUUACUUAUGGGGCUUGCCGUUCCGUUCUUUAUUGCCGGGCUUAACGAUGCGAAGGACCCCUGUCGCAUAUACCACGGCUUGUGGCAUCUUCUUGGCGGCAUCGCUUCCUACUUCAUGUGGAUGAUGGUGAAGACGCCGGGUGCCACGGGCCCGUACCCCAAAAUGGGUUCCAUUGUCCUUCACAGGGAUACACUUCUCUAA